UGGUGUCGUUAAGAAAAGUGUUAGUUUAUGUGGACGUGACUAGAUGGUAGCUCGUCUAAAAUGAACGUGACAUUAUUUAAUCACCCAUCGACCUUCCUUUGAAAAGAGAUCAUCCGCCAAACUGUCAGAGUCCCUCCAGAGUGAGAGACCAUGGGCCGGCUGGAUGAUGCCGCCAAACACAAAGUGGUGGAGCUGCGGAGGGCUGGUCUGAGUUUCCGCAAGAUCAAAGCUGUGCUGGAGCUGGAGAACAUCAAGGUGUCGGCCCAGGCCAUCUACCUGUUUCUGAGGGAGUUUCAAGGGCGGCCGCCAGGGAGGGUUAGACCUAUGGAGGCUGGAAGCAGCACAUCACCCUCACAGGUGCAGCCUCGAGCUGGGACAAUACAAGAGAACUGGAGUAACAUUCCAAUCCAAAAUCUUCUGCGGGAGGCAUCUCAUCAUGCUAGUUUUGCAACAGCUGCAAAUUUGGCCAAAAAUAGUUCUACAAAUCCAGAUACUGGAGUAAAGCCAUCUUGGUCCGGGGAGACUAGUGGAGGCAGCCGGCUAGAACAGCAACACAAGGAAGAUAAAGAAGAAAAUGACAUCCAGAUUGUAAGUGUCACCUCACUUGCACAAAGCAGCCAAUCAAGAGUUCCCCCCACGGUCACAAGAGCAGAGGCCAGUGCCUUGUCUUCCACAUUUACAGUCUCUGGAGUCAUGAGGAGGAGAGCUACACCUUCCCCAGCCACCAGUUCGAUGCUGGCAGCUCGAAGGAGGCUCUUGGAUAAGGCGCUGUUACACAGGGUGAAGUCAUUCCACCAGGUAGCGCCAUUGUUAAGAAGAGAUCCCUCAAGUGUCGUCGGUGCUGAUUUGAGAGGCGCAAUGCCACAGCCACCUGGAACUUAUGAUCUGACCACUGAAAAGACUGCUACGGAAGGUCAAUCUGGUGGAGGCGCCCCGCCCAAGCGUGUCCUUACACAGAGAGCAUGUCCGCCUGUUUGUCCCCUUCACACGAUUCCUCGGGUUGGCAUUCGUCUUCUUAACAGGUCUCCAGCACCUUUACCAUCUUCGGCUCCCGGGGUUGCAGCCAUCCGCAUACAGACCCCUGGAGGCCAGGGCACCAAUCGUAGUGAGGGGAACCCGAGCCCCCAGCAGGCAGUCCAGGACACUGGGGGUAGAGGUGGUCUCCUGGAUCAUAUUCAAACUCUCGGAUCUGAGGUGCGCGGCUUGGGUCUGGCAGUGAAGAUGCUGGUGGAGCAGCAGAGCUGCCUGGAGAGGGAGCAGACGCAGCAGACACACAUUCAGAAGCAGAUCCUCAGCACUCUCCAGACCCUCGCCACCAAACUGGGAAGUUGCAGCGUUGUUCAACAGCAGCACAACAAAACUCCAUCGCCAUCCGGUUUGCCAUCAGCUGCUGCAUCUUCCUCCUUCAGCCAGGAGCUCUACAGCUUCGGUCAAGGCACCUACACCCAGUGUAGCCAAGCCGAGCCAAGCUUCAACUCGUUGGAGAGUUUAAAAAAUGUAGAGGCCUUUAAACUGCCAGGACUGAGCCCUUCAAUUAUAAAUGGGUUUCCACCUUGUAGCAAUGCUGAGAAUCUCACACUUACUCACACACCCCCUCGCACACAACCAUAUGUGGCUGCAUACCCACAACAAAACAGUCAAACACUCAUGCAACCCUACGUACACACCUAUGUCUCUCCAUACAGCCAGUCACAUUGUCAGACUUUCCGAGGAGCAGAGAGUAAAACAUCUGAUUUCACAAGCAGCUGUUCAAGGACUCCCCAGGACUGCAGUGUGUCGACCCACCCUGGGAUGGACUCAAACUGCUCUUCACAGGAUCAACAGAUCAAUAUAGUCAAAGUAGAAGGACCUUAGAGGCCGUCCGAUACCACAGAGUCUUUUGGGACCAUAAGGGCUUGGAUGUGCUUUUUUAGAGUCACUUUAGAAUACUUAAGACACAUGUGUUUACAAUGAACAUAUGCUGUAGCAUUUCUUAAAUUAAUUUUAUUUCCAAAGUAUGUUUUGACAGAAUACGAUCAGCAAUAGACUGCAACGCCUUAGUACUUAUGUGUUUUUUAUGUAGGCAAUGAUUACAAAGUUAGAGCAAAUGAUUAUGUGCAGGCACUUUGUAAUUUUUAAAGAAGAAAAUGAAAGAAAUUUACUUUUAUUGAUCGCCAUGGGGACAUUCUUCUCCGCAUUUGACCCAUGCAGAGAAGAAUUAAGGAGCAGUAGAUUGCAGUGAAGCGCCCAGGGAGCCACUGGGGGUUCAGUGUCUUGCUCAAGGACACUUCAACCUGCAACUAUGGGGAGAGCGGGGAUCGAACCUGAUACCUUGUGGUUAUGGGACUCUCCCCACUGAGCUACAGCCGACUAUUGUGUGCACAACAUUCAGUGGUGAGAAGUAUGCUGAUGCCAUUGUGAAGCUACAGGAGGAAUGAGAUCACAGGUUUGCAGACUUCAAGACACACACACACUUUUCACAUGUUAGCUUUUGUCACAAUUCUUGUUUAUUUCUUAACUUUUAUAACCCUAGGAGUUACAAACUGUUACUUUUUCAUACCUCUAUUCUAACUGCAAAAACAUUUAAUAAAUUGCUAUUAUCCAAA